GCUUCACCGAAGAAGAAGAAAAGUAGAAGCGUAGAAGAAGAAUACAGCUGUUAUUAUUCCCACAGUACCGUUGGCUCUUAUUUUCCAGACAGCAUCUUAUAAACACAACACUUGAGAAUCAACUCGCUCGGGGCUGCCGGUAUCACUUUGGUUUUUUCCAAUCAAGAAAACCGCACCUUCAUGUGUUUGCUGCAGGCUUCAUGAUGGCAGGCAGGGGCAGGCUGGUGCCCUGUAUGUGUCUGGGGCUGUUUGGUGUCCUGUGCUGGGUUUGGGUCUCCUUUGCCUCCUUUCCAGACGAGCAGCUUCCCCUCGAGGCCUUGGAUGCAGUGGACCGAGCAGCCUUUCAGCCCCAGAGUGCUCUAUCAGAGGUGCACUUUGCCUCCAUCAGCUCAUACGCAGGACCUGGCAACACUGACCGCCGCAGCAACAAAGAACUACCCAUUCUCCUCUGGUGGAGUGGAGGAUUGUUCCCACAUUUUCCUGGUGACACUGAACGCAUCGACUGUGGGACAUCCUCCUGCCUGGUGACAAGCAACCGCAAGGUCCAGCUGUACAAACGGACGGCAUCCAUCAUCUUUUAUGGAACAGACUUCAGGCCGUAUGAGGCUCCGCUCCCACGUCUCCGCCACCAGACCUGGGCACUGUUCCAUGAAGAGUCACCCAUGAAUAACUACUUCCUCUCCCAUGGCCCCGGAAUAAGGCUGUUUAACUACACAGCCACGUUUCGUCGGGAGUCAGACUAUCCAUUGACCCUGCAGUGGCUGCCCUCUCUGGACUAUCUGCUGGCGCCCGUGACAGUGUCUCUGGAUGAGAAGAACCGGCUGAGGAAAGAGGGCCUGGCUCCUGUGCUCUACAUGCAGUCUCACUGCGAUGUGCCGUCGGACAGAAACAGAUACGUCCAGGAGCUCAUGAAGUACAUUCAGGUGGACUCUUAUGGGAAAUGCCUGAACAACAAACCUCUGCCUGAACAUCUGCAGGACACGUCCACAGCUACCGGCGAAGACCGCAGCUUCAUGACUUUUGUGUCCCGUUACAAGUUUCACCUAGCUCUGGAGAACGGCCUGUGUCCAGAUUACAUGACAGAGAAGCUGUGGCGGCCCCUCCAUCAGGGCUGCGUGCCCGUCUAUAAAGGCUCGUCUGUGGUGGCAGACUGGAUGCCUAACGACCACUCCGCGAUUAUCAUCAAUAACUUCCCCUCGCCCAAAGCUCUCGCUGACUUUCUCAAACAUCUGGAUGAAAAUGAUGAUGAAUAUGCAAAAUACAUAGAGUUUAAGAACUUCAAAAGCAUUACCAACGCUCGUCUGCUGGAGGCUCUGGAGACCCGAGAGUGGGGGGUUAAUGACAUGAGUAAACCAAACUACCUGAAUGGAUUUGAAUGUCAUGUGUGUGAUCAGGAGAAUGCAAGAUUGGCAGCAGAACGAGCGUAUAAGAGAGCACCUACAAAGAACAAACCACCUCAGCCAAAAAUGGCCAACAACUCUCACAUGGGGUGCCCCCUGCCGCGCCCGGGGUACGGAGAUGUCAAAGACUUACCUGCAGAUGAUGAAUGGUUGCAAAUAUGGCCGCAGGAUUACUGGCAGAGCCUGGACCAAGCGGAGGGGCUGGAGUCUCUGAUAAGACAUAACGAGUCGGACCCUUCGCUCCUGUGGAAACACAUCCAAAGCAUUGCUGUGAGCAGAGCCAGGGGAAAACACUGACACAGGCCUUGAAACAAACAGAGGAUGGAGCACGUCCAGGAUAACCGGGGUGUCCCAUAUUAUGCAUCUCUGUGGUUGAAAUGGGAGAUAUGGUGCAGAAAUGACUCAUAUUUCUACACCUGAGCCAAAACCCUUUUACCCUGACAAACAGUUUAGUUACACUCCAACAGAUUUUAUUAAAACUCAGCUGACGUGAUAGUUUUCUCCUCAAUCCCAAGUCCAAAUGGGAAAUAAUGUAUAUGAGUGCAAUAUGCCACCAUUAUAAAGUUAUUUUAUUACUCUAA